CAGUGUGCGGGUUGUCCUUGGAGACGGACCCGUGCCUGGGCGGCGCAGAGAGGCGACAACGGCAGCGCGGCCCUUGGAGAAGCCAAGAUGCCAUCGAAGGGAAAGGACGAAAAGAAAGGGAAGGGUAUAGGUAAAGGCAAAGACAAAGGCAAAGACAAAGACAAGAAGAAGAAGAAGAUGAUAAAAGUUGAGGAAUCUGCCAUGGAGAGAGCCAAGGCCAAUGCCUCCCUUUGGGAGGCCAGGCUGGAAGUCGCAGAACUCUCUAGGAUUGAGUAUCGUGAUACUUCCCGGAGACUGGCAAAAUGUAAUGAAGAAUUAAAGAAACAGCAGUAUAGAAUGGAGAAAGACACAAUGUCUGUAUUGAACCACCUGAAGAAACAGGAUCAGGAGAAAGAUAAUCUGAUUGAAAAACUGAAACAGCAAUUGAAUGAAACUAAGGAAAGAGCCCAAGAAGAGAAGGAAAAAUUGGAACAAAAAUAUGCUGUGCAAAUAAGUGAGCUGGAGGGACAGUUCCAUCAAAAAGCCAGAGAAAUUGGCAUGAUUCAGACAGAGCUGAAAACAAUAAAACAAUUCCAGAAGAGAAAAAUCCAAGUAGAGAAAGAAUUAGAUGAUCUGAAGGAGGACUUAAGGAACACAGAGCAGAAACAUCAGGAGACUCUUAGGAGAUUGGAAGGCAGGUUUUUGGAAGAAAAGCACCGACUAGAAAAAGAGGCUGAGAAGAAGAUAAUAAUGCUGGCAGACAGAGCCCACCAUGAAGCUGUUGUGCAAUUGAACAAUGCUGGAAGAGCUGUUUUUAAAGAGAAUAUUUAUCUCCAGAAAGCUCUCACAUACCACCUGAAGGAAGCUGAUGCUCUACAAAAAAACUCUCAGAAGUUGCAAGAGACUCAGACUUUCCUUUUACAGCAAAAGGAAAUCAAUGAUCUGUUGGUUAAGGAAAAGAUAAUGCAGCUUACCCAGCAGAGAUUACAAAUCCAAACUCUUCAGAAGAAGGUAGUAAGCUUGGAGACUGCCCUGAGUUGUAUGACCAAAGAGUUUGAGACUGAAGUUUUAAAACUGCAGCAGCAGGCAAUGGUAGAGAACCAAGCGGGUCAGAUUGAAAUUUUCAAGCUGCAGCAUCUUCUUCAGAUGAAGGACAAGGAAAUGAAUCGAGUAAAGAAGCUGGCCAAGAACAUACUAGAUGAAAGAACAGAAGUGGAAAGAUUCUUUUUAGAUGCUCUACACCAAGUAAAGCAACAGAUCUUAUUUAGCAGAAAGCAUUAUAAACAGGUAGCACAAGCUGCUUUCAAUUUUAAAAUGAGAGAGGCAUGUGCAGGAAGAACAGAAUAUCCCAAAAUCCGAACAUUUGAUGGCAGAGAGCACAGCACCAACAGUGUGAAUCAGGAUCUUAUGGAGGCCAAUAAAUGGACAGAUAUUCAAGGAAAUUUGGACGUUGGAGAUUUGACCUGGGAGCAGAAAGAGAAAGUCUUGAGGUUGCUCUUUGCAAAAAUGAAUGGCUUUGUUCCUAGGAAAUACAGCCAGAGUUCUAGACCUCCAGUUCCAGACUAUAUUGGUCCUGAUGAUGAAACAACAAAGGAGUUUGGGGAUGAAAGUAAGCUUCAAGAUCAAACCUUCAUCACCCAGCAAGUGCCAGUCUUAGACUCUACUGGUGAACUGGUGAUACCCAAUAUUCAGAAAGGAUCACAAGAGUCUGACACAGUAAGGAGUCUAUAAUCUAAGCAAACAAUAUACAUAAUUGUUCCCCUUCCUCAUGCAGCUUCCUCUAAGUCACAGUUCUUUUCUCUACUAGCCGGGAGCUCUCAGGGAUCAGUGAAAUGAGUAAUAACAUUAGUGUGAGAUUGUGGACAUUUUAAUAAACAAUAUCCACACUAAGGAAGGCAUAUAUUUAAUGCAAAUGCAUAUUUGUACCUCUUUUAGUGUGGAAAACCUAUAAAUUGCCUUUUGAAAUAUAUAGCCCAGUUAAAAUAUGUACUAUCCUUUAUGUAAGAAUAAACAUAGUGACCAUGUAACUCUUGGCUUUGGACAGAGGUGGGAAGUCUGGGUCACUAUAAGCUAGCAGACAAAGGCAUUAUAAGGAAGUACGGUACCAUAAAAAAAAAAAAAAAAAAGCCAGGUUUUCUUUUUAAGAGCUUUUUACUUGUAAUUUGUUGUACAUAAUCAAUUAGUACAAUGUAAAAUCUGAGAAAUUUCCAGUGAGGCCACAUCAGAGCAAAAAGAAAAUACUGAAUUUUUUAGCGGCUACUAGCAUGAACACAACUGUACAGAUUUUUUUCCAUCUAAGAAAUAAGAAACUCUUCUGAGUAGCAAGUACCUAGCCAAAUGAGUUGAUUCCAAUUAGAGCAGCACAAUUCUGAUUAGUUAGUAUUUCUUAAAAAGUAAUUUUCCUUAAAUGUAAGGAAAACUUAGGAGUCUCUGUGAUUAUAUUUAAUUCCACUUGGAAUUUAGACAAUAUGACCUUUUAUUCAACCCAGCCUGUAGUUGUUGGACUGGAUUAAAUAUUACUGCCAGUUGUCAGCUGUGAUAAGAGAUAAAACAAGAGGCAUUCUAUUAUGAAAUUAUAAAUUUCUAUUGCCUCACCUUUAGGCAGGCAAAUCCAAAAAAAAAAAGCGCCAGGAGGGUCAUAAAUGUAUUUUAUUAAAGUUCAAUCACCUUAAGUGAUUAAAGAUUUUGACAUUCUAUCCAACAGGUGGUAGUAAUAAGCCUAAAAUCCACAGAGUGCACAAACAUUUUCAAGGUUUUUACCAUCCUUAAUUCAUUAAAUAACCCCCAUGGAAUAGGUUAGCAUUAUCUACGUAACUAAUGAGGAAGCAGAAAAAUAAAUGACCUACGUCAUCUGGCUGAGGACCAGAGACUACUUUACCAGAAAUGAGAAGCCUUCUCCUAGUUCAAUGGGUGAAGACCAUAUCAGAAAGACAGGAUUCAACUGGCAUGGUAGAGCAAAAAGAAUCUAUUCUGUUUAGCACGUAAAUUUCUGUUCUGACUUAAAGUUGAGCUAUAGCAAAGAAACAAAAAGCAUAAAGACAGUUGAAUUAAUGGUAGCAGAGGAAUCUGGCAAAGCAUUUCUUUGACUACUUCACACAUGGAAAGCUUUGAAAUUUCUUAGGCCCCAGUCAAUUACUUUACAUUAGGGUUCUUUCAUUAAAAAGUAUCACAAAUGAGAAAUGCAGGCAAGAGGAAAGAACAAUAUAAAAAAUUUGACAAGUAAUAUCAGGUUAGACUUACUUUAGGCAACAGUCUUGCUCAUACUUGGAAAACACUUGAGUCUGAAGGUUUUGAGCCUCCACCCCAGAAAGUAGGAAUUUGGUUUUUCCCUUCCAAAUUGGAAGAACAUUUUUAGGAAGAAUUUUUGUCUUGGAGAAUUUAACAGUGUCACCCAAGGUUGUAUCUUUAAGGGUGGUUCAUUUUCUCUGACCCUUUGUUACUCAAAGUAAAGUACUAGGAGCCCUAAGAAAUGUUCUGUUCUUAUACAUUAUACUGAUUAAGUUCAGCAUUAAUUUGAUUUCAAAGCUAAGAACAAUGGUUAAAACUUGUUUACAGAAAUGCAUUUUGGAAGAGAAAAAUAUUGUAAAACAUGUAGUGAAUGUUUCUUCAGUUUCUUAUUCAGCCAAUGAGGAAAGGGCAUUGCCUUUCUUUUUACCAUUAAUCACUUCUCAAUAAACAUGAGAUCCUGUUAAGCAUCAAAAAAAAAAAAAAAAAAAAGAGUCUUGCUCACUUUCAUGGUUGGAAUACCCCUUGAUUUCUGGGCCUGAUAUAACUUUUGAAAUAGUUUUCUAAAAAAAUCCUGUUGGCAUCUGGAUUAAUGACUGAAGCAUUAAUUGAUUGCUAAAGCAAACCUUGAAAUUUAACGCUUGGCACACACCACAAAAAGUUGACUUAUCCAAUGCAUACUGAGGUAUCCUUGGGAAGUGGUUUUAAGAAGCAGGAACAGUGACAAUAAUAGAAUUAGUGGUCAUGAGUCACUAGGAAAAAGUGGCAUUCAGCAGAAAAGACAGAAGCAGUUGUCACAUCUGUGGGAUAAGUAAAGAUGGAUUAUAUCUUGUGUGGUGUGGGAUAAAUGAGAGUCUCAGCAAAGCUUCGCAGAGAGGCCUCACCCACUGGCAUUUAUGUGGGGCUGUGUUUGACGAUCAACCAAAGGGUGAAUUAUUUUUGACCUAUUUCCCCAUACAAGAGAUCCUUUUCCUUGGAAGAUCGUCUUUAUACACGCUAAUGUUGCCUUCCUUCAAGUCAUCAGAAAAGGGGAGAAUUUUUAGAAAUCAGGUCUAAGCUCUUAUUCCAGAGAAGCAUUUCACAGUUAGAACAGUGACCUCAAAAAUAAAAUUAUGAA